ACCGAGCCAGACACCGCGUUGUUUGUUAUUGUCGUCGGAAUUGAACAUGUAAAAAAAUAAACUGAUAGCAAGGUCAAGCUCACAUUAGCAGCCACCUGUUGUUUCCGGCGCAGCUGCAACAGGUGCGUUACCGCUAGCCCGAUAGUAAUCCAGAAACCAAGGGCGACGAUUGGCCAGGUUGCGAGACGCUGUUUUGCGCUGCUAAACAAAUCGGAAAAUUUUCGUUAAGUUCAACGUGGAAACCAAUGAAGCAAUACGUUCCGUUACGGAUUGAAAAAUAAUGAGUCGAAGGUUAGCCAAACUUCACAAACCCUGUGAUAAAUUGGACCGCUACGAUAAUGAACCGUAUAUGCAGAAUCCGUUGCUGAAUCUGUUUCUGUCGGAAGUGAAGGAACGUCGGCACUACACUUUUAUCCAACGGAAGGCAGCUCAAGAAAAAGUUAAACUAUGCCGCCGCAAAACGGAGGACUUGGACGAUGUUAUACCCAAGCCGGAAUCGUUCUAUGCAAAUCAGCUGCGGGAGCAUGCCAAACGAGCACCGGUUCCCAAAAUGUUGCACAAAACGGAGGAAAAGAUCCUGUCCUAUGUCCCGAAACGAUUGCGGCAACAGUACCCGACUGUACUGGCUGCAUACAUGAAAGAUGUCCACGAAGAUUUCGAUAAGGUCAUGAAGGCGUUUAGUUGCCAGAAGAUAUUCAAACCUGGUCCGGACGACUACGUCCCUCCUAGGGAUAAGUUUGAGUUCAAACUGCUAGGUCGCACGGAUAAUUAUAAAACCUUUCUCAGAAAUCGAGCCACUAUCCAGAAAAAUCUUCUCAUACCAUAUCCCUUUAUCAGAUGCAUCAUUCACUAUGCCUUUUCUGAGUUUCCGCAAGUGUUGUGUGACUUUGCAAGUUACAGAUCAAAAGAAGAACUCACUUUGAACGAGCUGCGAGAUAUGAUCAAGAAAGAACUUCAGAUAUGCAACAACUUCAUAGCUCACGAAUGGUAUCCCAGAAUAGGAAAAAUUCUCAAAAAGCAUUAUGACCGGAGAACCCUCCCCAAAUCUAUGUGGCAAAAAGUCAUCAACUGCGCUUCUGCUUUGAUAAAUCGACAGCUGACCGAGCUUAAAAUGCGCACCAUUGAAUAUUUGAGAGAAGUCGUUCUGGAUAUACAUCGAAUCACGCAGAUGAAAAUAAUCGCCAUAUGCGACGAGGGAAUUGAUUUGUUUCCUAGCUUAACAGACAUCUUCAAUAUGUAUCAAAACAUUAUCGAAGAUGUAGCGGCUGUAGGAGCUCACAUAGAACCACUUGAAAACAUUAUAGAUUCGAACUCAUUCGUAGCCAAAAGCAAGUUCAUGAAGAUCGAGAUGAAUGAAAUAACAAAAAAUGAAGCACACGAAGUCUUCCAAUCAGCAUUGAAAACUGCUUUCGAACCACUGGCAAGUUAUCUGAGUGAUUUUCAAGCCCAGUUUGAAGGUCUUAUUAGUACGGAGACCCGCGAAUCGCUGGACGAAUUUCUCAGCGAACCUAGAACCUUUGACGAAUAUCAGGAAAAGAUUGACGAGUUUCAAGUAUACAGUGAAAAAAUCAAGAACAUGGUAAUGAAGGAGUUCUUCCACAUGGCCAUCGUAAAUCAGUCUGAUGCCAUCGGCAGUUUGAGGCGUAUCGUACGAGAGUACAUCGAACGGGUGGCAUCGGAAAUUGCUGUAGAGCAUAGGCGCGAAAACUUCAGAAUCUGCAAAGAGUUUGAGGAGAUCAAGGAUCGCGCCCUAGAGAUUCCUAUCUCCACGGAGCAGUUGAUGGCCAAUGGAGAGUAUAUUACCCAUGCAAAGACGGUAGUUGUAGAAAUGCUCAGGGAACGUAUUCAGGCCUCUAUAAUGGUUGGAGCAAAUCUUCUGGAGAUGAUAGAGCUGCCCCCGGAUCACAUGACCGUCCAGCUGGAAAGCAUCAACUGGUGGUUCCGUAUCGAUGCAGCGUUCGAUGUGAACUCUAGCAACUUUGAAGCUUACAAGUUCCAAUUCGAGGAAAAACUGCAGGACGUAACCAGACAGUUGAACGAAAAAAUGGAUGAAAUGAUUCCGAAUAUCGCUGUUAUCAACGAUAUGACUGAUUCGGAUAAACUUCGAAACUACGUCAUGUUGCUUCAAAGUUAUAUCGAUCAGAUUUUCGUAUUUGAAGACUAUGUGAAAUGGAUUAAUAAAGAGGAAGUUUUGUUCAAAUUUCCCAAAUCUCAAUAUCCGGUACUGAGUGCGAUCAAAACAUUCGUGGUUCCAUUCUACAAACUUGUCAGAUUAUGUAUGCGUUGGUUACGUUUUUACAACGUUUGGAUGGAUGGACCUUUUGAGUACUUGGAACCACACUUCGUAGAAUCGAAAACGGAAGAGUUCCUAAAAGAUUUUCAGAAAACCCAAAAAUACUAUCGUAAUCGUAUAAAGGCGGACAUGCUGGAAAAUACUCUGUGCAAGUUUAAGGGUCAAACUGAAGACCCCGACCCAGAGAAGCAUCCGUGUCCCCUCAAACUUUGUGCACGGAUGAUUCAAUCGAUCAAAGAUUUUCAUCUGGGAGUAUUCAUAGUGAACAUUAUGUGCAACCCAGCCUUGAAGGAGCGCCACUGGGAUGAAAUGUCUGAGAUAGCUGGUUUCGACCUUACACCCGAUGCUGGAACUACACUGAGAAAGAUCUUUAACUUCAAGCUGGAUGACGAUUUGGACAAGUUCGAAAUUAUUAGCAUCGGAGCAAACAAAGAACUUCAACUGCAACGAAACUUGGCAUCAAUGAUAAAGGAAUGGGAAACUAUUGAUUUCAAACUGAAUCCUUUCAAGGAUACUAACCUCAAUAUAUUAUCGGGACUGGACGAUAUUCAGGCCGUGCUAGACGACCAUAUUAUAAAAACACUCUCGAUGCGAGGAUCGGCUUUCGUAAAACCUUGCGAAAAAGAAGUCAAGGAGUGGUAUAAAACGUUAACUAGAAUAAACAAGACGCUUGAGGAGUGGGGCAAGGUUCAGAGCACAUGGCUUUACUUACUUCCGAUAUUUUCAUCGCCGGAUAUCGUUGCGCAAAUGCCAAACGAAGGCCGCAUGUUCCAACAAGUCGAUAAAACGUAUCGCAUGUACAUGAAAAUUGUCGAAGCUAACAAAAGUGUGUUGAACGUAGCUGCAGCAAAAGGUGUAUACGAGGCAUUGGAAGAAUCCAACGUUCUUUUGGACGAAAUAACAAAUGGCGUGAAUGCAUACUUGGAGAAAAAGCGAUUAUACUUUCCAAGAUUCUUUUUCCUAUCAAACGACGAAAUGCUGGAAAUUCUUUCAGAAACCAAGAACCCACUCAAAGUGCAGCCUCAUUUGAACAAGUGUUUUGAAGGUAUCAACCGUUUGGAGUUUGAUGGCGCUUUGGACAUUUUGUCGAUGUUUAGUAUUGAAAAAGAGCAAGUACAACUGGUGCAAAAGAUAUCAACAUCAGAAGCGCGCGGUAGUGUAGAAAAAUGGUUGUUGAGAGUCGAAGAGGAAAUGUUGAAUGCAGUAAAGUCUGAGUUGAAACUAAGCUAUGAGUCGUACCCUACGAAACCCCGGCAUCUUUGGGUUCUCGACUGGCCAGGAAUGGUAGUUCUGUGUGUAUCACAGAUAUACUGGGCAUCAAGUAUACAUGCAAGCCUUGGUAAAAAACCUGAAGCUAUUCAGAAAUUUUUUACCCAGGUCCAGAAAGAGUUGAUGAAUGUUGUUGAACUGAUCAGAUCACCGACCAUUAGCAAUCUAGACAGAAUCACAAUCAAGGCUUUGAUUGUAAUAGACGUCCAUGCUAAAGACGUUGUGGCUGACUUGAUUGCGCAGCAAGUUUCUACCGUUAAUGAUUUCCGUUGGCUAGCACAACUUCGUUACUAUUGGGAAAAUGGAAAAGUAUUGGUUAAGAUCAUCAACGCAUCGGUCGAUUUUGCCAAUGAAUAUCUUGGAAAUUCGGACCGCUUGGUGAUAACUCCAUUGACAGAUCGUUGCUACCGAACACUUAUGGGUGCUUAUCAGUUACAUUUGAAUGGAGCUCCGGAAGGCCCAGCAGGUACAGGAAAAACAGAAACUACGAAAGAUUUAGCAAAGGCUCUGGCUGUACAAUGUAAGGUUUUCAAUUGUUCAGAUGGCCUUGACUACAAAGCAAUGGGAAAGUUCUUCAAGGGUCUUGCUUCGUCGGGAGCUUGGGCUUGUUUUGACGAGUUUAACCGUAUUGAACUGGAAGUCUUAUCUGUAGUAGCUCAGCAGAUUCUGUGCAUAAUAGUAGCUGUGCGAGCUGGAGCACAGAAAUUUGUUUUCGAAGGAACAGAGCUAUUGUUGAAUCCUGCUUGUUACGUUUGCAUCACAAUGAAUCCCGGUUAUGCAGGUCGUUCGGAGUUGCCAGAUAAUUUGAAAGUUUUAUUCCGUACGGUUGCAAUGAUGGUUCCAGACUAUGCAAUGAUAGGAGAAAUAUCGCUGUACUCAUUUGGAUUCACCGAUGCCCGUUCCUUGGCAGUCAAGAUCGUUACAACUUAUCGAUUAUGUUCGGAACAGCUGUCUUCUCAAAAUCAUUACGAUUAUGGAAUGCGUGCUGUUAAAACAGUGCUAUCAGCUUGUGGAAAUUUGAAAAAGGCAUUUCCAGAUGAAAAUGAAGAAAUUCUGCUACUCAGAUCCCUCCUGGACGUUAAUCUGCCAAAGUUUUUGCGGAAAGAUGUUCCACUUUUCGAAGGUAUCAUCUCAGAUCUGUUUCCUGGAGUAGAGUUACCGAAAGCAGAUUAUAGCUUGUUGACAGCAGCGUUCCAAGCCGUUUGUAGUGAAAUGGGACUUCAACCGCGUGAAACUUUCCUGACCAAAGUAAUUCAAACCUAUGAAAUGAUCAUUGUGCGGCAUGGUUUCAUGCUAGUCGGUCUACCGUAUUCAGGAAAAUCCAAAACAUUACAAGUGCUAGCCAAAUGUUUGUCGAAUUUGGUGGGCAAAUCGGAUAACCCGUACUUCCAGCGGGUCCAGUAUGAAGUGGUGAACCCGAAAGCUAUCACCAUGGGUCAACUUUACGGAGCUUUUGAUCCGAUUUCGUACGAGUGGACAGACGGCAUAGCAUCCACCAUUUUCCGAAAGUUUGCGAUGGACACUUCGCCCGAUCGUAAAUGGUUGGUGUUCGAUGGACCCGUUGAUGCGGUCUGGAUUGAGAAUAUGAACACUGUCCUAGACGACAACAAGAAACUUUGUCUAACUUCUGGCGAGGUUAUAACAAUGAGCGGAGAAAUGUCUAUGAUUUUUGAGGUAAUGGAUCUAGAACAAGCAUCGCCAGCUACAGUUUCGAGAUGUGGAAUGAUAUUUAUGGAACCAACAGUUAUUGGAUGGGAGGCUUUCACCAAAUCUUGGAUUGCGAAGUGCAGCGAACUUUGGACGAACGAGUGGGAAGAUUUUCUGAUGGACAUUUUCCGAUGGGUUAUCCCUGAUUGUUUAACAUUUGUUAGGAGACAAUGUAGACAGUAUCUGUACCCGGGAGAUAUUUGUCUUCUGAUGUGCACGCUAAACAUAUUCCAAAUGGUCAUAGACGAGGCAGUAGAUGAGAGUCCUGAUGAAUAUGCCAAGUUUCUGUUCACAUGGUUCCAGGCGGCUCUGAUGUAUUCUGUUGUGUGGGGGAUUGGAGGUAUUCUGGAUAUGGAAUCAAAAAUUAAGUUUGAUGAGUUCUAUCGAGAGUUUUGGAAGGGUACAGAUGAGAAACAUCCAGUUCCAGAAGCGAUUGGAAAAAUCGAUAUUUCAAUGCCAGGUGAAGGAAUGCUUAUCGAUUACAUUUAUCACUUCAAACAGAAAGGAAAUUGGAGAUUUUAUCCAGACAUGGUUAGACAAAUGAAAAACGAAACAGGGAUAACACUGCUAGUUCCUACACUUGAAUCUGUGCGAUACAUGCAUCUUAUUGACAUGCAUAUCAAGUUCAAAAAACCACUGCUUCUAGUUGGGCCGACCGGAACAGGCAAGACGUAUUAUUUCCAAAACUACUUGCUAAGUAAAAUGGAUACAACCCAAUUCCAACCUUCGUUGAUAACAUUUACAUCCCAAAUCACGGCGAACCAAACGCAGGAUUUGAUUAUUUCUAAGCUGAUUAAAAAAAGAAGAGGAUUCUUUAGACCACCCGAUAAACUAACCUGUGUGCUCUUCAUAGACGAUAUGAAUAUGCCGGCCAAAGAAGUAUACGGAGCGCAACCACCAAUUGAACUUGUUAGACAGUAUUUCGAUUACUCUCAUUGGUACGACUUGAAAGAUGCUUCUAAGUUGUAUCUGAAAAACAUUUUGAUCAUGACCGCAUGCGGGUUACCAGGCGGAAGUCGGCAGAAUGUCUAUGAGCGAUUUUUGUGUCAUUUUAACAUAUUUGCCAUCAGUAACUUCAAUGAAGAGACAAUGUUCAAAAUUUUCACCAACGUUCUUAUGGACGGAUACCGUAAAGGUGGACACGGCACGGAUGUAACAAACAUGGUCAACAUGAUGGUGCACGCGACACUAGACAUUUAUCAAUUCGCUUGUACGAAGCUACUUCCAACACCUGCAAAGUCACAUUACAUUUUCAAUCUUCGCGAUGUUUCGCGUAUAAUCAACGGAUGUUCCAUGCUUAAACGAGAAUCAGUAGAAAGUAAAAAAGUUUUUCCUCGCAUAUGGACUCAUGAAACAAUGCGCAUUUUCUACGAUCGACUCAUAGAUGAAGCAGAUAGAAGAUUCGUGUUCGACAAAAUAUGCUCCAAUCUUAAAAUGUUCUUCAAAGAGAAACCCGACCAACUUUUUCCAGAUUUCUUCGACGAGAUAACUGGAGCCGUGAAAUUAGGAAACUUGAAUAAUCUCUUGUUUGGCAGUUACUUUGACAUUGAUUCGGAACCGGAAGAUCGGAAAUAUGAGGAAACGCAAAGCAUAGAACAACUUAAAGAUCAGGCUACUAAAGACCUCAUAGAAUACAAUUCAACGCAUAAAACUAAAAUGGAUAUUGUAUUGUUCCAAUACGCAUUGCAACACUUGAACAAGAUUUGUCGCAUCAUGUGUAUGCCCGGCGGAAGCUGCAUGCUAGUGGGAAUGGGUGGUUCCGGACGGCAAUCUUUGACUAAAUUGGCAGCGCAAAUUUGUGGCCAAAUGAUUUUCCAACCUGAAAUAACCAAAUAUUACGGCAUCAACGAGUGGAGAGAAGAUCUGAAGAAGGUUUUGCGCGAAGCUGGUGGCAUGGGACGUGAUACCGUUUUUCUGCUCACAGAAGCCCAGUUGAAAGAGGAAGCGUUCCUUCAGGAUAUUGAUUGUUUGUUAAACAUUGGCGAAGUACCCAAUAUUUAUCCGAUCGACGAAAAACAAGAAAUUCUAGAAAUGGUUCGUUUGGCAGCUCAAGGUGGAAACCGCAAUCUGGAUAUCGGCCCAUUGGAAGUGUUUCAAUUUUUUGUCAAUCGAUGCAAACAAAAGUUGCACAUAGUCAUUUGUUUCAGUCCCAUCGGUUCCGCCCUGAGAACAAGAAUUCGCCUGUAUCCAUCGCUAGUGAAUUGCUGUACGAUCAAUUGGUUCGAUGCUUGGCCUGAAGAUGCACUUGAAAAGGUUGCAGAGAUGUACAUGAAAGAGCUGGAUGUUGAGUUGUCAAUUAAGCAGUCAAUCGUUGUAACCUGCAAACACUUUCACGUAGUAGCAAGGAACAUGUCCGCUGAGUUUACUGCUGAUACGGGACGUGUCACUUACAUAACAUCUGCCUCCUAUCUUGAACUCAUAAAAUGUUUCCGCGAUCUGACAAACAAGCAUCAAACAGAAAUAAUGCAGAACAAGAUGCGAUACAUAGCUGGUUUGGAGAAGCUGGAUGCUGCUGCAUCGGCCGUAUCAAUAAUGCAGAAGGAGUUAAAUGCUCUUCAACCGACUUUGAUAAUCAUGGCCGAACAAUCCCGCAAAAUGACAGAACAGAUUGAGAAGGAAUCUUUGGAAGCUGCAGCAGCAACCGAGCAAGUGAAAAAAGAUGAGGUUGUCGCAAAUAUACAGGCUGCAGAAGCUCAAGUUUUAAAGGCCGAUUGCGAGAAAGAUUUGGCUGGAGCGAUCCCUAUUUUGGAAGAAGCUAUUCAAGCUUUGAACACCCUAAAACCCAAUGACAUAACUCUGGUAAAGUCAAUGAAAAAUCCACCGGAAAUUAUCAAGUUGGUAAUGGCAGCUGUAUGUGUAAUGAAAGGUGUAGCACCUGAUAAAGUUACCGACCAGAGUACUGGCAAGAAAACUCAAGAUUUCUGGGGUCCCAGCAAACGAUUGCUAGGUGAUAUGGCAUUUUUGCAGACGCUGAAAGAUUUUGAUAAGGAUACAAUCAAUCCCGAAAUAAUGAAAAAAAUAAGAAAAGAUUACAUUCCACACAAGGACUUCCAGCCCCACAUUGUAGCCAAGGCUUCGAGUGCUGCCGAAGGUCUUUGUAAAUGGAUUAUAGCAAUGGAUCUGUACGAUGCAGUGGCAAAGAUUGUAGCUCCUAAAAAAGAAAAGCUACGUUCCGCCGAGAAGGAAUAUUCUGAAACGAUGGCAUUACUCACAGAAAAACGCCAGUUGGCAGCUGAUCUUGAACGCAGAGUAGCAGAGCUGAAUGAUGAUCUGGACGAAGCAAAUCAGAGGAAACAAGAGGUAGAAGAUGAAGUUCAACUUUGCAAAGACAAACUUAUGCGGGCUGAAACUUUGAUCGGAGGACUAGGAGGAGAGAAAAGUCGAUGGACAGCGUCAGCGGAAAAUUUGCAAAAACUUUAUGACAGCUUGGCGGGAGAUAUUCUGGUUUCUAGCGGAGUUAUCGCCUAUCUAUCCCCAAUGAAUGCUACCUUCCGCAGUAAAUGCAUCGAAAACUUCCAUAAAUUUGUAAUCAGUAAGAAAAUUCCAUGCUCUCCGACUUAUAACUUAGUGGAUAUUUUGGGAUCCAAAAUAAAAAUCCAAAACUGGAACAUAUUUGGUCUACCAACAGAUUUGUUCUCGAUUGAAAACUCUAUAAUUAUGGACUGCUCAAGUCGUUUCAGUUUAUUCAUCGAUCCUCAAUUCCAAGCUAACAAAUGGAUUAGGAAUAUGGAGCGGAAUAAUCAUUUGCACAUUUUAAAAUUUUCGCAAUCCGAUUACAUGAAACGGUUGGAAUCCUGCAUUGAACAUGGUUAUCCGGCUCUGAUUGAAAGUGUUUUGGAAGAUCUGGAAGCUCCACUGGACCCCAUUUUAAAUAGAAACACGUUUAUGCAGGGUGGUGUAGAGUAUUUGAGCUUGGGCGAUAAUGUCAUUGCGAUGUCCCCAAAGUUUCGACUUUAUCUAACGUCAGGAUUGAGAAACCCUCAUUAUUUGCCGGAAGUGUUCAACAAAGUAACAAUCAUCAAUUUUGCUCUCACUAGUCAAGGUUUGGAAGAUCAACUGUUGGGAAUAGUGAUAGCUAAAGAACGUCCAGAUUUACAGGAACUACGACAGAAUUUGAUCGUUCAAAAUGCAAAAAAUGUUUCAAUGUUGAAGGAAGUUGAAGAUAAAAUUUUGAAAACACUGUCAGAGAGCAAAGGAGACAUUCUGGAAGAUGAAUCAGCAAUACGGAUCUUGGAUGACUCGAAAACAAUCUCAAUUGAUAUUGUAAAGAAACAAGAAGAUUCGAAAGAACUGGAGGCUCAAUUGGAAGAUUUUCGACAAAGUUAUCGCCCAGUAGCGGCCCAUGCAUCCGGAUUGUACUACUGUAUAACUGAAUUGCCCAAUAUAGACCCAAUGUAUCAGUUCUCACUAGGUUGGUUCGUGAAUCUUUACAUCUAUUCGAUUGAAAAUGCCAACAGGACCAAAGACCUAGCCCGUCGAUUGAAAUUUUUGAUGGAUGCUUGCACACUAAAUUUAUACAACAAUGUUUGUCGAUCGCUCUUCGAGUGCGAUAAACUUCUGUUUUCUUUUAUUUUAACCACGAAGAUCAUGAUAAAUUGCGAUCAGAUAGAUUUGAAAGAGUUUCAAUUUUUACUAUCGGGGGGCGAAAAAUGUGCACAAACAGAACCGAACCCAGCUCCCACCUGGAUUACUGAAAAACUUUGGGAAGAUAUUUGCAGAUUGGAGCAAAUUCCUAUGCUGAAAGGAUUUGUUAACAGUUUUGUCAAAAGUCGUGAUCUUUGGAAACGUUAUUACGAUGUCGAUGACACUCACCUCGAGAAACUGCCGAGUCCUUGGGAAGAGAAAACAAACCGCUUCGAAAAACUUAUAAUUCUUAAUGCGUUCAGACCGGAUAAAAUAGUACUGGGCAUAACGGAGUUCGUAGCCAAUGAGAUGGGAGCAGCAUACGUCCUUCCACCGCCUUUUGAUAUCUCAAAGUCUUACGAAGAUUCGAAUUGCCUUACGCCACUAAUUUUCAUACUAUCUCCUGGAGCAGAUCCAAUGAACUCACUGCUCUUGUUUGCCGAAAAAAUGGGAUUUGAUGAAACAUUCCAGUCUAUUUCCUUGGGUCAAGGCCAAGGACCCAUAGCUCAGAAGCUGAUCGAAAAGGCGCAAGACGAAGGUACCUGGGUGUGCCUUCAAAAUUGCCAUCUUGCUGCAUCCUGGAUGCCUACAAUGGAAUAUCUAUGGGAAAAUAUGGAUCUAUAUAAUACAACGUCAUCAUUUCGACUUUGGCUUACGAGUUAUCCUUCAGAUAAAUUUCCAACGAGCAUUCUUCAGAACGGAAUCAAAAUGACCAACGAACCACCUACAGGAUUGCAGCAAAAUCUUCUACGUUCUUACAAUUCGGAACCGAUGAGUGACGAUGCCUUCUAUACGGGUUGUCCAGGGAAAGAUCGAGCAUUUUCAAAGUUGUUGUAUGGUAUUUGCUUUUUUCACGCAGUUGUUCAAGAGCGAAAAAAGUUUGGUCCAUUGGGUUGGAACAUUUCUUAUGGAUUCAAUGAAUCCGACUUUCAGAUUUCAGUCCUACAACUUCAACUGUUUUUGAAUCAGUAUGAGGAUAUACCCUACAUGGCAAUAUCCUAUCUCACUGGUGAGUGUAAUUAUGGUGGAAGAGUAACGGAUGCCUGGGAUCGAAGGGCAAUUGUCACCAUAUUGGCAGAUUACGUUAAUGACCGGGUUGUAAACGACCCGAAUUACAAGUUUUCAAAUCAAGGUGAUGGAUACGGAAUUCCAAUGAGGAACGAACAUCGAGAAUAUGUAUCAUUCAUAGCCAAUAACGUACCCAAUUAUCCAAGUCCUGUUGUCUACGGAUUACAUCCUAACGCCGGAAUUACAAGAGAUCUGAAUGCUUCAAAGAUUCUACUAGAAUCGAUGCUUAUCACCCAAGGAGGAUCUUCAACAUCCACAGAUACAGAUAAGGAUAAAAAUAUCGUGGCUGUAAUUGAUAUGAUCAAUAGCAGACUCCCUCCGGAUUAUGACGUUGAAACGGCUAAGAUGAAAUACCCAGUGGACUACAAUGAGUCCAUGAAUACAGUACUGGUGCAGGAAAUGGAACGUUUUAAUAAUCUGCUACAGUGCAUAAGAAGUAGCUGCGCAAACCUUAAAAAGGGUAUUGCAGGAUUGAUUGUUCUUACACCGGAGUUGGAGACGGUUUUAAAUACUAUUCACCAGAAAAAGAUUCCGGAAAGUUGGUUGAAAAAAUCCUAUCCAAGCCUGAAACCAAUUGGAUCUUACAUAAAUGAUUUUCUGGAAAGACUCGCGUUUCUAGAAUCUUGGUACCAGCUGGGAAAACCUAACAUAUAUUGGAUAUCAGGAUUUUACUUUACUCAAGCUUUUCUAACAGGUGCUAUGCAGAACUUUGCUAGAAAGUAUAAAAUUCCCAUCGAUAUACUGACUUUUGACUACAAUGUCCUAACAACUACAAGUACUUCUUCGGUACCAGAAGAUGGAGUUUAUAUACACGGGUUAUUCCUGGAGGGCGCGAAAUGGAAUCUCAAGGGUAGUUACCUCGAAGAGCAGCUACCUAAGACUUUACUCGAUACCAUGCCUAUAAUCCAUUUAAUGCCACUCAAGAUGGUCAAUCUGGACGAAGGUACCAGAUACAAAUGCCCCGUUUACAAAACGGCGGAACGCAAGGGAGUGCUUGCGACAACUGGACAUUCCUCCAACUACGUUAUUCCCAUUUUACUGGGCACUCGAGUUCCAAGCUCCCACUGGAUAAAAAGGAGUGUGGCUUUACUUUGUCAGACGUCGGAGUGAAAAUUAUAUAGACUGCGUGUAUUUUUAUAACAUUUUACAAACACUAAACACAUUUGUAGGAAAUGGUAUG